CACCAGGGCGACCGGUAAAAACGAGAGGUAUAAUUAAAGGCCGGACAGGGACGAGCACGAGCGCGGGAAAGAGAGAGCGCGAUGGCCGACACGGCGUCGCCGGCGGCGGCCAGGGAGGCGAUGAUCGAGCCCGCGUCGACGCCGCUGCUGCGGCGGAGGGGGUCGUACACGAGGUCCAUGUCGCACGCGCGCGACGAGCUGGGCAGCUUCCGGUCGUGCCUGCGGUGGAUGUGCGUCGAGCACUCGGACGGCUCCAGCGCCGUCGCGUCGUGGCUCGUGUUCACGCUGCUCGCCGUGGCCGUCCCGGCGGCGGCGCGCGCCGCGCUGCCGCGCCGCGCCUACGACGGGCAGGUGCAGGCGUCGCUCACCCUCUCCGCGGCGCUCGCCUACCUCACGCUCUCCAGGCUCGUCCGGCGCCGCGGCCUGCGCCGGCUGCUCUACCUCGACAGGCUCCGGCACGACUCCCAGGACGUCCGCGCCGGCUACACCGUGGAGCUCGCGGGGUCCUUCCGCCUCCUCGCCUGCUUCGUCCUCCCCUGCUUCCUCGCCGACGCCGCGUACAAGGUGUACUGGUACUGCGCGAACCGGCCGUUCCCGCUGUGGUGGUCCGCCGCGGCGUGCGCGCUGGAGAUGGCGUCGUGGAUGUACCGCACGGCCAUGUUCUUCAUGGCGUGCGUGCUGUUCCGGAUCAUAUGCUUCCUGCAGAUCCUGCGGAUGACCGGGUUCGCCAGGGACUUCGGCCAGUGCGCCGACGUCGCCGACGUGCUGCGGCAGCACCGCCGCAUCCGCGAGCAGCUCCGGCGGAUCAGCCACCGCUACCGCAAGUUCAUCGUCUCCUGCCUCCUCCUCGUCACGGCCAGCCAGUUCUCCGCGCUGCUCGCCGCCACGAGGCCCCACGCCCAGGUCAACAUCGCCACCUCCGGCGAGCUCGCGCUUUGCUCCUUGAGCCUCGUGACCGGGCUGCUGAUCUGCCUCCACAGCGCGGCGAAGAUCACGCACAAGACGCAGGCGAUCACCAGCGUCGCGGCGCAGUGGCACGCCGACGCGACCAUCAACAGCCAGGAGCGUGACCACGAGAACCCCAGGACGCCCAUCAAGGCGUCCAGCUACUUACACGCCGCCGGCCCCGUCGUCCCCCAGCCGGCGCCGAACGCGUCGUCCUCCGGCGACGAGUCCGAGGACGAGACGUCCCCGAGCGACGACGGCCUCGACGGCACCAAGAUCGUGUCGUUCCAUGCCACCCACAUCUCCUUCCAGAAGAGACAGGCUCUAGUGACCUACCUGGAGAACAACAGGGCGGGGAUCACGGUGUUCGGCUUCGUCGUCGACCGGACAUGGCUCCACGCGCUCUUCAUGAUCGAGUUCUCGCUCGUCAUGUGGCUGCUAGGGAAGACCAUUGGCAUAUCCUAAUCGAUCAAAGGGUAGCUAAUCAAACUGUGCAUAUGACCCAAAAUGAUGGCUCACCAAGGGUCAGGGAUAUGAUGCAUGCAUGCACCAUCAGUUGCAUCAUGUAGAUUUCGUCACAUCUGAAUGUGUAAAUCAAGCAUAGAUCGAUAUUAUACGAGAAACCUGUAACAGCUAGUGCUGAUGAUCGAUGGUGUGAGAAUUAGCGUCUGUGGUUGAUUUGA